AUGGGUAUCGCACGGCCGUGCAGGAGAGGUUCUUCUCUCGUCGUCCUCACGUUUCUCGCAUGCGUUCUGUCCCUCGCCAUCGCCAUCGCCGCGUCGCAGUCGUUACCAAGCAACAGCUUCGCAACGCGCUACGAGCAGGCGUUGACCGAAACCCUACAGCUGAGCCCCCAACUCAAGGAGAUCUACAGCGCAGCGAGGCUCAGGGACGCGGUGCCUGACGUUGACGAUGAAGAAAGCGACGUCAUUGGCGAAGAAAACGGCUCUCGUCGCCAACUGAAAGACGCGCCGAAGAAGCAGUUCGGGUUGAAUCCCCCGCCGCUCAACUCAGGACCGAGCAUGGCUGACGUCAACAACACGUUUUUCCGUUUUGAUUCCGUCACGCCGAACGCGGUGGUGGACUGGCGCCAGACGAUGUACAUCUCACCCAUCCAACGGCAGUACCUGGUAAUGGCUGCCGCCGCAUUUCUCAAUGGCCGUCCACCAGAGGCGGAAGGUGGUGGUGACCACCUUCUUGCUCGACACACCACUCUUCUUUUUAGACGCAUAUUCAUGUCACCGAGUCAUCGUGUCGCAGCUUGCUCUAGUAGCUUCACCAACGCAUCACGCCGCUCUAUGUCUCAACUCACAUCUUUUCCUCGCCGCCUCUCUUUCUCAUGUCGCGUUCUUCCUCCCCUUUCCCCUCUCCCCCCUUCCCCGCCGCAGAUCACGGGGUGGGAACUGGUGCCGCCGUACAGCGCGCAGGCGCUGAUGAAGGCGGUCAGCAUGCAGCCCGUCGUCGCUUUCCUAAGCGGCUCCGCGCAGGACUUCCAGCAGUACAGCUCGCGCGGGCAGCUGAAAAUUUACGACGGGCUGUGCACGACGGACAUCAACCACGCGGUGCUGGUGGUGGGGUAUAACUACACGGGUUCGAGUCUCGCGGGCAGCUAUUGGAUCCUCAAGAACACGUGGUUCAACACGUGGGGCGACGGCGGCUACAUGUACCUCGCCAUGUCGCCCGACGUGCGCGGGAAAUGCGGCAUCCACGCGUACGUGGCAUUUCGUGUUUUCAAUCAGCCGAUUUUCGACGGCAUCGCCUUUUCCAUCCCCGCCAUGUACCCGGUGUACUACCCGAGCGGGCCGCAGCCCGUCAAGAUGAACAACGGUCCCAUUUCGCGCGCGGACGACGGCAACGACGGCCGCUGGUGGACGCGCGCGUAUACCGCCGCGGCGGACGCGUGCUCCGGGAUCAACCCGUGCGGCGCGGGGCGCUGCUACACGCGCGCGGGCAUGGCGCGGUGCGACUGCAGCGCGCUGGCGGGGAUGGUGGAGGUGACGGGCGUGCCCACCAGCAAGUGCGUUCCGCGCAACCCCUGCUCCAGCCGCGGCCAGUACAACCCGUGCGGCAGCGGCACGUGUGUGAACCCCGGCGACGGCACCUACUCGUGCCAGUGCCCCACUGGCUACGCCAUAGGAGCAGCAUCAGACGGCACGCAGACGUGUGUGGGAGUGGCGGGCGGCCCAGCCUCGUUCCUCGCCUACCCCACCGUGCCCGGUGACUCCUGCUCCUCCGUUGCUGCCGCCUUCGGCCUCACCACUGCCGGUCUCACCGCUCUCAACCCCUUCCUAAACUGCUCCCUCGCCUACCUCCCCCCAACGCUCAUCCUCACCGUCGCAAACGCCUCCUCCACCUCGAUAUCCCCCUCUGCACCACUCUGCACCGCAACGUACACCGUGCAACCCAACGACACCUGCACGACCCUCGCCAACACCUUCUUCGCGGGGAGCCUGUCGGCGCUGCGUGCUGCCAACCCGCUCACAUGCACCACCUCACGCUUCUUCCUCUACCCCUCACAGGUCAUCUGCACGGCCACCAGCGCCCUCUCCUCGCUGGCAGCCGUGCCCAUCCCCCAGUGCGGGCAGACAUACACCACAGUGGCGGGCGACACGUGCUCCUCAGUGGCGACCAAGUUCGCCAUCAGCCUGGGCGCCUUCAUGGGGCUCAACAGCGCGCUCUCGUGCGCCACUGCCCUCCCCGUGGGGUUGUAUGUCUGCGUCGCCCCCAAGAGCACCCAGUUUCUUUCUGCAGGGCUGCUGUCUCACAGCCUCGCCCGAUCUCGCUUCUCCCUCUCUCUCCUCCCAUCCCGCCCGCAGACGGCAGUGAACUGCACGGCAUGGUACGCGGUGCUGCAGGGAGACAACUGCCCCAACAUCUGGAAUGCCGCCAACCUCACCGAGUCCACCUUCCUCGCCAUCAACCCCGGCAUCCGGGUGAGCCCUAGCAACCCCGACAUUCGGUGCCAAGCGCCCUACCUCCAAGUGGGCCAGAAGGUCUGCAUCAACUCCCCACUCCUCGCAUCGCUCCUCACCGCAUCCAGCACCUCGUUCUCGCUCUACACCGUGCAGCCCAACGACUCCCUCGCCCUCAUCUCCUCCAGGUUCAUCACGCGCUGCACCUCCUCCUCCAUCUCCCCCGCCGCCAUUGCCGCAGCAAACAACAUCCUGGAAACCUCCCCUCUGGUAGCCAACACCCAGCUCAUCAUCCCGUGCGACGCGCGCGUGGGGAUUCUCGACUGCGGCUGUGCGCAGUCCCUCCCGGUGUGCGGGGCAGACUACGUCACGUACCCGUCCUACUGCGACGCGCUCUGCAACUACGCGCUGCCGGUCAUUCAGGACGGCGUCUGCUCCGGCUGCAACGCCGCCUGCACCGGGCGCACCGGCCUCGCCCCCGCCGCGGGGUAUGGCUGUACGUGGAGCACAUGCCCCUACCCCAACUGGAAGCCGCUGGACAGCGACUGCACCGUGCUGCAGGGCGACUUGCCGGGGAAAUGCUGUGCGGUGGAGCAGACUGUCUGUGAGAACGUGUGCCGCGCGACAAGGGACACGCUGGGCGGCACGACGACGCAGAUGCAGGCGAACUACGACUCGUGCUACAGCCAGUGCAUGUGCUGCUCCAGAGUGCCCAACGUCUUCUCCCAACCCACCACGCUACAAGGCCUUACGCGCACAUAUCGGCAGUUCCCCCUCACAAACACCCGACCUUCCACUGGUUUCGGCGCGCGCACACAGCAUGGCGCACGGGGUCCACGCGCAAGCUUCACGCAAGCCGUGGAGUCAGUGCGCGCAACGGGGCCGAGCGCGGGGGUUGCGGCGCGCACGGAGUGGGAGCUAAACGUUCGGCGGCGAGCGCCGCUGGCGGAGCGAUAUGGCGUGCGCGUGGAGAGGGACGUUUCCGCCGACAGAAUCGAGGAGCUUGGGGCGGAGAGGUGGCAGCGGUGGUGGACGCCCGGGCCAUGUGCCUACCGGUGGGACUGGCGGGUAGAGGAGCAGGUGCUGGUGACACGUGGCACUCUCAGAGUCACUCCUGAUGAGUGUGAGGAGAGCAUGGAGUUUGCAGCAGGUGACUUGGUAUGCUUCCCACGGUGGUUCUUUGCUGAGCUCGAGUUCAGUGCCGACUAUGAGCAACGGUACAGAUUUGUGGCGUAUGGGGACAACUGCUAA